CUUUACUUCAAUCUUUCAAUCACUUCACGAAUUCGCGGGCGUUUCAUCGCCGAUUUUCAAUGUUUUGCUCAAACAAAACGUUAUUUUUCUUUACUAAAUCGAAGUAAAAAGUUUCGGGAGUGUUGCGUAACAGAUAAGUGUGAAAAUGAGCUUUUUCGGGUUCGGCCAAACCGCGGAUAUCGAAAUCGUUUUCGAUGAUGCUGACAAGCGGAAGGUCGCCGAAGUAAAAACGGAUGAUGGUAAAAAGGAGAAGUUGUUAUUGUAUUACGAUGGCGAAACUGUCUCUGGGAGAGUGAACGUAACCUUGAGGAAACCAGGAUCGAAACUAGAACACCAGGGAAUCAAGGUCGAGCUAAUAGGUCAAAUCGAAUUGUUUUACGACAGAGGUAAUCAUCAUGAAUUCAUAUCAUUAGUGAAGGAGCUGGCUCGACCUGGUGACUUGUUGCAGCAUACAUCUUAUCCGUUCGAAUUCUCUAAUGUGGAGAAACCCUAUGAAGUGUACACAGGAGCAAAUGUCAGGCUAAGGUAUUUCUUGAGAGCUACUAUCGUUCGCCGACUGACAGACAUAGUGAAGGAAGUCGAUAUUGCCGUUCACACGCUAUGCAGCUAUCCAGACGUGUUAAACUCUAUAAAAAUGGAAGUAGGCAUUGAAGACUGCCUCCACAUAGAAUUUGAGUACAAUAAAUCAAAAUACCACUUGAAGGAUGUCAUAGUGGGUAAAAUAUAUUUUCUACUUGUCCGUAUAAAAAUUAAACAUAUGGAAAUCUCUAUUAUCAAAAGAGAAACUACCGGUUCGGGGCCUAAUACUUUUACAGAGAAUGAAACUGUUGCAAAAUAUGAAAUAAUGGACGGUGCUCCAGUUCGAGGUGAAAGCAUUCCUAUUAGAGUUUUCUUAGCAGGUUAUGACCUAACACCUACUAUGAGAGAUAUCAAUAAUAAAUUCUCUGUGAGGUAUUACCUAAAUCUUGUCUUAAUGGACACCGAGGACCGGCGUUACUUCAAACAGCAAGAAGUCACACUAUGGAGAAAGAGUGACAAGUCUAGAUUACCAUUACAUAAUCCACAUCAUCCUCAAACAUUGUCACAUCCAAGCCACACAACUCCGAGACAAAUGAGUGCUUCUAGUGAAGAAAAUUCAGCAAGAGGUAUUUCACCUGCCCACCCUGAGAAUAUGUUACAGAGAUCAGUGUCACCAUCAAUGUUAGAUGGUGAAAAACAUAAUGGACCAACAGAAAUGGAACAGGACAAAUCUGAGAUAAUAACUAAUAAACUAUCAAAUACAUACAUUGAGAACAGUGAGCCUGAAGUCCCUGUUGCAGCUGUUAAACCUUUAGAGAAACCAGUCGUGAUUGAAAACCCACCGGUUGCUGAAAAAUCUUCAGUAGCUGAGAAACCACAGGUUACAGAGAAACCACAAAUUGCAGAGAAACCACAAAUUGCAGAGAAACCAGAAGUUGCAGAAAAACCUCAAGUUGCAGAAAAACCACAAAUGGCAGAGAAACCUCAGGUUGCAGAGAAACCACAAAUUGCAGAUAAGCCUGUUCUCAGCCGACCAGAAAGUGUGGAAGCCAAUCCAAGUCAAUAGCCGAUGUGUAUAUGUUCGGUGGACUUGACAACUGCCGACGAAAUGAACUGUAUGUUUUCAUAUUUGAAAACAAUUGUUUAGAGGACAAGCAAAUCCUACAUCAAUAAAUCAAAUUGUUAUUUAUAUAAUAGAGUGUGAAACUGCUGUUUCCAUAUUGGAUUUUUAACUAAUCUAAAAUUUAACAUGGACAUGGCAAGAUAUACACAAACAUAAAUAAUGUUGCUGCAUC